AUGACGACGCAAUUGACUCCAAUUUUCCGAAGAGAGUUUAUCAGAAAGACAUUUGAAGAACAAAAGCUCGGCGAAGUGAAUACGUGGGCGGACCUGAGACAACUGGACACUAUACCUGCUGAACUGUACUCUCGAAUUGUGUGCUGCCUUGAUGACCCCACCCGUAAGACACUCGAGCUUGUGUCAAGAGGGAUACGCAACAGGACUAAAGAGGCCUCGUUGAAAGCGAAAUCGAUCGAAAUCAGAGUUACCAAUGACAUGGUAGGGUUCUGUCACCUAUUGGAGGUGGCAUACAAUAAGGCUAUUUGCUCAUACCCUGAGACUCUUUGGUUUGAACCCAGAAGGCUCCCAAACGGGGGGCAGAUGGCGUCCACUUUACCUCCUUGGCUAAAUACUUCUAUAAUUGACUCGUUCCCGGCGACUAGCCAGAUUUCCGACGCGGUGAAGAAGAUUUCGAACAUCAAGACCAUAGUUAUCGAAUAUUGUCGGUCCCCACGAAGUGCAAACGGCACCAGCGGCAAGUUUCUUCAAAUCAUAUUCUCAGCCCUUACGGAUGCCGGGACUCAGCCUGAGUAUCUGUAUCUGUUCACGAAGGAUUCAAUUCAACCCACGACAGAGUUGCUGACGGUUGUACCAUGUGAAUACUACACUCCCCCCAGCAAUGUUAGUAUUGUAUGGCAUAAGCUGGUCUUCUUGACGGUGGGCGAGCCCUCUGACGGGCCAAGCAGGGAGUAUAUUGCCCAUAUGUUCACCUCGUUGUUUUCACAAGCUUGGAAGCUAAAGUAUCUGCUGUGGCAUGGCUUCCCGGUACAUCCUAUGUGUAAUUGGUGGAGAAGGCUAAUGAGACUGGCUAUCGAUCCCUUUGACGGGGUGGACUCUUCUUUGGAGACCGGCGUGGAUCUCUGGAGAUUGUCGAUCGAAUAUGUGGACAUCAGCACUGAAGACCUCAUUCGAUUUCUCGAGCUGCAUGGAAAACACCUAACGAUACUCGUCCUCUAUCGGGUUUAUGAUCCUGAAGGGGGCUGGCUUAAAGUCCUCAAACUGCUCAGGGAUAAAAUAAUCUGUCCCAAGGUGCAGCGCGUGAGGCUUGUCGUCGGACGUAUCCUGGUGAAUACCCAGCAAAUCCAAAUGCAUUCAGAUAAGCUGGAAUAUGAUACGGACAACCCCCAGUUGAAUGAUAUAGAUCAGGCAAUUGCUCGGUGCGAGGAAAUGGGGUACUAG